AGCAACAGGAAGCUGCGUCUCUUGUAGUUCCCAGAACUCUCCUCUCUGUGCCUUGAGGAGGAGACUGACUGUAAGGACUCCAUUUUGUUCAGAGUAGCCGACCGUGUGGUUUGGAGCACUCUCUGGGGUUCCUCAGAAGGCUUCCUGGAUCUUCUCCAAACUCCCAGCUCCAGAUCCCACAGAUUGUUCUCACAAGGACCCUGUGAAGACAUUGGUGGACGGUCACUGCUUUCAGGCCACAAAAUGGGGUACAAUUGCGAAACUAACUCCCCACAAAGAAGACCAAGAUGCUGGGGCGUUUUCCGAAGGAGAUACAGCAAUUAUUCUGAAGAAGUCUGUUGUGAUGUUCAUUCUUCAUUUUACCAGCAGCGAGAUGGACAUCCAGGAAAAGCUCAUGUUCACUUGGACACCUGCAUAAGAUACUCUCCUUAUGCUGUUCGAUCCUGCCAUCCGAGAGGCAAUUUUUAUAAACAUGACCAAGGAGGGAACAUGGAGGGAAAAGAAAAAUCUCCAGAGAGUGUGAUAGAGAGGAUCCGACAAGAUAAAAGCUUACGGAGCUGGUUCAAGGUCACAAUUCCAUUCGGUAUAAAAUAUGAUGAGAAGUGGCUGCUGAAAUUGAUCCAGAAGGAAUGCAGCAUCCCAUUCACCCCAGUCGGGUUUCACUAUGAGAAAAUGCAGGCCCAGUUCUUCGUCGAGAAUGCCAGCGUUGCCUUCAUACUGAAGAAUGUCAGCGGGAAGAUUUGGGACAAGGACAACGAAAAGAUAACUCUCUUUGUCAGCCCCUCUAAUGUACCCGACUCCGUGCAAAAGCAGCCGAAGUCAGGAAACUCAGAGCAGAGAAAGACACAGAGCCGAACUCCUUCUCUGAUUCUGCAGCUGCCCGUGAACAAACUGUGUGAUGCCUCCCUGCCAUCUCUUAGCAUCCAGAGAUGCUACAUUAACCCUGACUUGAUGGCCCAGGGAUCUAAAAAUGUCAUGGCUGCCUCACUGAAGAUGCACGAAGAGAAUGUUCCCACACUUUUGCCCUUGAACCUGAGCAAAAUGAACCCCUACCAGCUGGGUGGCCCAACCGACAUCCUGCAGAAUGCCUCCAGCAUCAAGGACCUGAACCUCUCCAAAAGUGAGGUGAAGUCUGCAGGGGAGUUGGAGAGAGACAAAGAGCUGAAACCAGAAGAGAUGUGUGCAGAGAGAGAUUCCCUGCGCACCACCUUUCCAGAUAAGUCAAGCAACAUAAGCUCCAUCCUGGAAUUGUUCCCCAAGUUAAUGCGCCUGGAAGGGCAGGACUCACUGCCCCCAAGUGACUUUGAUCUGCAAGCCCAGAAGAAGUUGCCAACCUGCAAGGGAAGCUUCUUUGGAUCUGAGACACUGAAGAAUAUAAUUCUGCAAUUCCUGCAGCAGUAUUACUGGAUCUAUGACUAUGGUGACCGGAAGAGUCUCCUCGGUAUUUAUCAUGAACAAGCCUGCUUCUCCCUGAGUAUUCCUUUCAACCCCAAGGACCCAGCUCUCAGCAUGUGGCAGUACUUCAGAGACAGCAGGAACAUGAUAAAGCUUAAGGACCCCUACACGCGGUAUCAGCUGCUGAGACAUACAAGCCCUGAGAUUGUGAGCACCCUGUGCGUGCUGCCCCAAACUCAGCAUGACCUGGGCUCCUUCCUGGUGGACUUGUGGGCCCACACGGAAGCCAUGCUCUGCUUCUCUGUCCACGGGGUGUUCAGGGAACUGGUAGGAAAGUCUCCAUUUUCUGUUCGUGCCUUCACUAAGACCUUCAUCACUAUCGCUGGCCGCAAUUCCAGUCUCUGCAUCAUGAAUGACGAGCUGUUUGUGAGGGACGCCAUCUGCAAUGACUCCCAGAACGCGUUCUCCAUGCCACCGUCACUGCCCGUGCCCACCGUGCCCACUGCUGCACGCCCUGUGCGCUUCCCCUUGCAGCAGCAGCAGCAGCAGCAGCAGCAGCAGCAGCAGCAGCAGCAAAUGGCACAGGCUUUCACGGCACAGGCUUUCACAUCCCAGUGUGCGAUGAACCUCCAGUGGUCUCAGGAGUACCUUCAGGAUAAUGGCUGGGACAGCGCCAGUGCUGCACCAGUUCUUGCUCAGCCCAAGGUCCAGGGCUUGAUCCCAGAGGAGCCCCUCACACAGAUGUAUCCAGGACCAUGAGCACACAUGGGCCUGACAAGAAACCCUUGGUGUCCUCAUCUUCAUCUGCAUUAUCUUUGUUGCAUUUUUUCCUCCAGGCUGAAUAUAACCCUAUGACUGAGCUGCUAGGUCUGCUUAGGGCUGGGAAGCCCAUUUUUGGCAAAUGUUCAUCCACCCAGAGGGCAGCUGUUCUGUGUUUAUCUCACCCAGCAUCCCUAUUUCUUUUGACA